AGUACGGAAGCAUCCUUAGCAGGUCUACGUAUAGCUCUGAAAUCGCAAAAAGAAUACUCACAAUAAGGCCAGACGGUGACUAUGUAUAAGUGGAGUUUACUGCUACUUGCGUCUGCCGCGGUGUUCCAGCCUAUUGCGUCCUUCACCGAGCGCAACCUCGUUGAUGGAAGGCAACAGUGUUGUGAUCACCAACCGCAUUUACUCCACCGAGACACUAGGCUCGACUUUUAUGGAAAUUACCGUUUUAACAAAGUUGCAUCCGAUGACCGUAGAGUAAAUGGCCAACGUGUAGCAGAAACUCGAAGAUAUGAAGUAAGAAGCGUCGAAACUGCACCAUUUCGAGACACGGAAAGUCCGAAUUCCCGCAGAGACAUCUCAGGCCCCAGUGCUAGAUCAUCUCGAUUAGAUCGCCGGGCUGUUGAAAUAAACUCCCGCAUUCAAAGAACCAGAUAUGUCACACGAGAACGUUUUAAUUGGGUGUCCGGCCAGAGGGAACGUGACUAUUCUGACACAGCGCGAGUUGGCAACGAUCAACGAUCCCGUCUAUCCAUGGAUAGCCGCCGAGAACAACGUCUGCUUACUAGAGAAACUACUAACAUGCGAAAUGUUAGAGCGUUCAGUGAGGGAAGAGACUUACUCCAAAGAACGAGAAAUGACGUAGUCCAGGCUAACAUUCGAAACAGGCGUGUUUCAAGGGAGACAGAAUUUUUAAAUCGUCGCAGUAAUGUUGAUCUCCGAGACUCCAGGCGUCAGAAUGUGAAUAACAUUAAUAAGGAAGAUCGUUCUUUAGAGAGAGUUCGCGAUGUCAGCGAAUCUAGACUUUCCUCAGUCAGGUCUAGACUGGUAGACAACAAUAGGCGAAUAACAAGGGAAAAUAUGAUGCGCGAAAUUAAUUUAAACCAGCGGGUAGCUAGAGAGUCAUUAGAUGAAAGGAGAGUUCGUGAAACUCCUGAAUCCAGACUUGUGAAUCAUCGCCGCGCCCUAAAUGAAAGACACCAAAUCCGUGAGGAUUUUAGACAGGAGCGAUUUGCCGGCGCUAAUCGGAGAUUUGCGAACGUCGCCGAAAGAGAUGUUCUAAUGAGGACAAGACCAGAGUCGACAGAGAGGAGUGAAGAACGUCAGUCACGUAAGAUUCGUGAAAAUAUAAGGGAAAAUAAUGCUAAAAGGGAUGCUCAACGAAGCGCUAUUGAAGUUAAUCGACGACUUGUCAGGUCUGUUGACCGUUCAUUUACUAGAGAUGCAGACAUAGAACGACGUCAGGUGACUAGGUCUCUGGAUCGUCGAUCAAAUAUAGCUUUUAGAUCAUUAGAAACUAGAAGAUCUUCACUUUCUCGCCAUGAAAGCAGGAACAUGAUCAGAAAUGAUGUCAGGCGUAUCCAAAAUACUCGUGAUGAUGCGAGAGAUACGCACAAUACUGAACGGCGAUCCCUAGAUCAUCAGACGAGGAAAGAUGGGCGCUAUAGUACAACAAAUAAUGCAAUUCGAAGCCCUAGCGAAGAUAGGACUAUGUCACACCUAAUCAGGCGCCACACAGACGUUCGAUCUAGAAUUAUGGAGCAACGCAUAGACAGCCCAACUGAAAAUAAUCGGGGAUUCAGAGAUCAGAGCUCCAGAACCGAAGCGCGAAGGAAUUUACAAAAUCGUGAACAAGAACGUCACGAAAAUCGCAGGAUUUCUGAUCGACGAAUGGAAAGAAGCCGUUUCGAAGCGCGGGCGAUUGAAAAUGUAAGAACAGAACGGCACGACGAAAGAUUUGACAAUAGAGCUGAUACGAGGAACCAGAUGAGGUCUAACCGUGUCAACGAAAUACCUGAGGUUUUAGUGCGACGAUCCAGGGAGCUAGAAAGAGAUGCGAUUCGCACUCGUGAUGCUCGAGUUGACCAUGAGCGAAUGCAGAAUAUGAGGGAAACACGUAACAAAGAAGUCAGGAAUACACGUAAUGCUGAUACGCGUGAUAGAAGCGAGACUCGAUCUCGACUUGCACUGACAGAAGCAGCAAGAUUCCGCCGUGAAUACUCGACCAAGUCCUUGGAACAAGAAUCAUUUGCCUUGAAUUGGCAAUACUUGUUCUACACUCUGCAGGGCAUAUACCUGUGUGGCAUCAUCGCAACAAUGAUGAAAGAGAAACCCGAGAAUCACAAGUCAAGAUCCUGGUGGGGAAUUUACACAAAAGCCGUCAAAGCUGAUUAAUUUCUUAUGAAGUCUCUACUGAAUGUUCGCUUACAAAAAAUGUAUUUCAAUGUUAUGCAUCAAUGUUAGAACUGCUACUGUAAUGUAGAUUUAGAAAAUAAAUGUGGUAUUUAUAAAAUAUACAAAA